GCAGCCAGAGAAGACGCUAAACUGAAAAGUAUGAUGCUGCUAUAGACGACUUCAAUUAAAAGACAACACAAACAGCCAUUGACUGCAUUUUGCUAUAAUAGAUUCCAUAACAAAGGCGCCGUUAUGCUCUUUGCGCGUAGGCGGCAUUUCUUCAAGAGACGCUUAGUACAAUUGUAAAACUCAGUGAAUCACACACAGAAACAAAAGUUAUAUAUAUAUAUAUAUUGCACAGAACAAAUCAAAUCAAGCCCCAAAUAUAACCUCGCUCAGCUGUACAAAAAUAAACAAAUAAUAAUUAACAAAGUCUUGAAUAUCGUGUUAACGACGAUAUUUGAAAAUUAAUGCACAAUGUACGAGCUUGAUAGUUGUUUAAAAUUAGUUCUAUAUGCAACGGCCAUUCCCGGAACACUCGUCAUUUGUUGGCUAACUGGGCUAGUUGGACUACCCUGCCUUAUAAUAGCCCUGGUGGUAUUCUUCGCCUUCUUCGUGUUGCUGCCACUGGCAUUUCGAUUCUCCGUAACGCUGCAACGUGGCAUACUCUUUCUCACCUUCAUCACCUAUCCGAAGGGACUUGAUUUGAGCAAUCCCGCGAGCAUUGGACUCUAUGCCACACGGAAUUUCUAUAUCACCGUCAAGGAUCACGAUGAAGACAAAAGUGGUGUACGGAUUGGCGUCUGGCAUGUGCUGCCCAAGAAUGCGGUGCGUCGAUUUAAGCGGGAACUCCAUGUCGAGGAGGCCUACGACGAGGACGAGGCUAGCCGAGCACCAAGCGAUCUGACGCCAGGGCCAAGCCACAUGGGAGGCAACAAUGAGGAGCUGCAGCAGCUAGUACCUUCGCUCCGUGCGGAAUUCCCUGUCAUUGUGCCAGAGAAUGAGCAGCUCUUUUACGAGAGAUUGCUCCGUGUGCCAGGUGGCACUGUGGUUCUGUACCUGCACGGUAACACGGCCACAAGGGGCAGUGGCCAUCGGUCCGAGGUGUACAAGCUGCUGCGGCAACUUAACUAUCAUGUCUUUGCCUUUGAUUAUCGUGGCUACGCCGAUUCGGAUCCAGUGCCGCCCACGGAGGAAGGUGUGGUGCGAGAUGCCUUGAUGGUCUUUGAGUACAUUGCCAAUCUGACAUCGAAUCCCAUAUAUAUAUGGGGUCAUUCUUUGGGCACAGGAGUCGCUGCUCACAUGGCCGCCAAGCUGGCGAGCUUAAAGGAGCGAGGACCGCGUGGUGUGAUACUGGAGAGUCCAUUUACCAAUAUACGUGACGAGAUUCGACUGCAUCCGUUCUCGCGACCCUUUAGACAUUUACCCUGGUAUGAUUUCACGAUCUCACAGCCAAUGUACGACAGUCGAUUGCGCUUCGAGUCGGACAGACAUGUGCAUGAGUUCCCCCAGCCAAUAAUGAUUGUCCAUGCCGAGGACGAUGUCGUGGUGCCUUUCCAUCUGGGCUAUCGCUUAUACCGCAUUGCUCUGGAUAAGCGCAGUCGCUCCUGGGGGCCAGUGGAAUUCCAUCGAUUCGAUCGGAUACAUCGCUAUGGACACAAGUAUUUAUGUCGAGCACCGGAGAUGCCCGGGCUGGUGCAAAACUUUGUGGAGAACUAUCGCAAUGCAAUCUAUUAGAUUUACUUAAAUUGCAGUGCAGGCCGUAUUUAUUAUUAUUUUUUAUAACGGAGUAUUUUAAUUUAUUAAAUUUUCUACCGCCGCAAUA